AAGGUCGUUGGUUGGUGUCUUGUCUAUUGUUUUAUUUAUUUUUUUUGAGACGUUUUUCUAAAAUGUUGAAACUCUUUUAUAAAUUUGUGUGGAAUAAUGAUUGUGAAAAUUCGGUAAUUGGUGUAUCGUGGCUGUAGAAAUCCCUCUUUUCGUUGAGGUUAAUUGCAAAUUUACAGUUGUUCGUUAGUGAUGUUGUUUAGUUGUGUUGGCUCUCCUGUUGUUUCCCUCCAAUUUGGCGCGCCAUCUUCAGUGUAAUAAAUGGAAGUCAGGUUUGUUUUGGUUGGCGUUGUGCUGUUGGAAAAAUCGUAAAAAUAGUGACUUAAAACUGUCUAAAUUAUGUUUCGUACUCCUAAACGUGGUAAAUUAACAAAUAGUAGUGAUGAUCAUGUGAAUAUAACACCGCCGAAUAGAGUAUUGAAGCCUAAAAUAUUAAAUUCCUUGGACAAAGGACCGGUUAACGGUAGCUCUAGUCCAGGAACAGAAAAUUCAGUUCUUUCGCCUGGCGAAACUAGGAGAGGCCGUCCGAGGGCCGAAAUGUUAAAUACUCUUAUUCUAGAAGGAUCUACCUCUCCGAGUUCUAUAAAAUGUACGUAUUGUAACCGAGUUUUUCCUCGGGAAAAGUCUCUACAAGCACACCUAAGAACCCACACUGGUGAAAGGCCCUAUGAAUGCGAUUAUCCGCGAUGCACAAGAAAAUUUGCACAAUCGGGACAAUUAAAAACACACCAAAGAUUACACACAGGUGAAAAACCCUUCAUAUGUUCCUCUCCCAAUUGUGACAAACGCUUCACUCACGCCAACCGACAUUGCCCUGAACAUCCUGAUAAACAAUUAAAACGGUUUACUUCACCUGGAAGCAGCUUUGAGAAGAAAUUUGAUGAAGGUCACAACGCUGAGGUCAAGCAGUGGCUAAUGAAACUGGAAAAACGCAAUAAUAAGAGGCCAAGCAGCUUAGAUAGCCUCGAGACUACACCAAAAAAAUCGCGGAUUAAACGUGAAGUCUCAUCAUCUUACAAAAAUAUUUCAGAGUCAACUUACAGCCUAUCAAAUGACGGAAUUGAAAACUCUCCGAAAUCAGAAAUUGAUGACAAUAUUUCAGUAAAUUCAGAAAACUUUGAAAAUGGACACGAUCUAGUCUCACCACCUAGAUCCUCACUCCACAAUUUUGAGCUGCCAAAAGGGCCGAAAAAACGAUGGUUGCAAGCCGUUCAAGACCAGAAAAUGUUUGACUCUACUCAAGAACUCGCUAGGCCAAUCAAUUGGGGUGAAGACGGCCCGAGUUCAGAUGGUGAUGAAGUUAAAAUUGAACCAAUCACUCUUGCCGAGUAUGGGGCCAAUGAACCGAAAAUUGUUAUGGAGAAUCAAAAACGUCCAACUGUUUUGGUUUGUGUUCAAGGGGGCAAAAGCAAACAAAUUACCAGUGAUGAUAUGCAAGGUGCUAUAGCUUUGGUUGAGUUGAAAAAUGGACAAAAAAGUUGUGUUAACUAUAACUACAGACUCUAAACAUAUGUUAUAUUUUUUAAAUGAUAUUUGUAUGUGAUACAUUGUUCAAAUAUUUGUCUUUAUUUUUCAGUUUUUUACGAUUUGGGCUGAUCUUUAAGGUCGCAGUUUUCUGUUUAUGCUUAGGCUCUGAAGUUAAGGAUAUCAGGUUACAAGAAUUACUUUUUAUUUUAUUUGUUAUGUAUGUUAUUGUGUUCAUGUUCAUUACUUACGUAUUAUGUUUUAUCAUGUUGCACAGUAAUUUUAAGAAAUGCACAUUUUAGCACACGUUUUAAUUUAGUACAAUUGACAGGUUUUGAUCAGUCAGUACAAAGACAUGAUUAUUUCAAUUCUAAUAAUCCAAAGAGUUUUUGUAUUAGCAUCAUUGUAUGCGUAUCUUGGGACUUUUCUAUUGUCACAUCAGACAAAUAUGUGUGUUUCAACUGAAUUCUAUUUAUUUCAUAGCGAAAAAUAAUUACGUAAAAUAACACUGGCGAUAGAAAGGUCACGUGGCAUAGUUUAGUUUCAAUCCUUAACUUGAAAGUAUCAUUAUUUAUACCUAAAUUUAAUGUAUAUGUGAUGUGUUUUUAUCUAAAGUUAUCUUUAUAUUGUAAGUAUUUAUUAAUGAUUUAGGUAAUAUAAUACCACUUAUAAUAAAUAAAAAGUA